AUUUUCAGCGUUUCGUGUACGCGUUAGCAAAACAUGGACGGUUGCCCCGACCUUUCCACAAAAUCCACUCAAAUUCGUAUCGUUAUACGCUACACAGACCGUGAACUUAACUAUUUACGACCGUUUUUAUAAGCAUGAACUCAGGUUCAGGAUCUGGAUUAGUACAAGGAAACGGUUUGGAUAGUUCCGAAUCAUCUGAUGAACAAGACGAACCUUCUUCCUCGAAAGAUCAUUAUGAAGAGGUUUUGGAAAAUUUCAGAUUGAAAUGGAAAAAUGAACUAAAAAUAUCUAAUAAAAAGAAUUUUGUAAAUAAAAAUAAAUUUGAAAGUACAAGUAAAGAAGAAGAUCAAGAAUUAACAGCAAAAAAUCUAUUUUUAAAAGGUGUUGAUCUUGAAAAAUCAGGGAAAUUAUAUGAAGCAAUUCAAUUUUAUCGAAGAGCAGUACAAUUAGUACCUGACAUUGAAUUUCGUUUAGAAGAAUUAAAACGUAAACCCAAAGAACAACUCCCCGUUACUGAUUUAAAUGAAUCCGAAAGUAAUUUGAGCGAAUCGGAAAGUGAUGAUGACUCAAUCGAUUCGAAUGUAAAAGGAGAUUUACUUCAAACGAUUCAAAAGAAAUUAAACAAAACGAAUUAUCUUUGUAUUCCAAAAUUUAAUUCGACAGAAACCCAUAUUUCUUAUUUACCUCCAGAGAUAAUUUUAUACAUUCUCCGUUGGGUAAUCAGCUCUGAUUUGGAUAUUCGUUCUUUGGAGAUUUUCUCUCAAGUUUGUCGUGGCUUUUAUGUAUGUGCUCGAGAUUCCGAAAUAUGGAAAUCAGCUUGUGAAAGAACUUGGGGUUUAAAUUGCGGUAAUUUAUCUAAAACGUAUUUGUCAUGGAGACAAAUGUUUCUCGAACGACCAAAAUUAUAUUUCAACGGUUGUUAUAUUAGUAAAACUACUUACAUACGACAUGGUGAAAGUAGUUUUCAAGAUCAAUUCUAUCGACCCUGGCAUUUAGUUGCUUAUUAUCGAUAUUUACGUUUUUUCCCUGAAGGAAUUGUAUUAAUGUUAACAACCCCAGAUGAACCAUCUGCAUGUGUCACCUUAUUAAAAAAUCGACAACCAAAAUCUGGUACAAGCUCAGUUUUAACUGGGCAUUAUCGAUUAAAAGACGACACUGUAGCUAUUUACGUGAAUCGUCAAGAAACGAAAACGUUUAAGAGAUCUCGCCGAAAAGAUGACAGAGAAAAUCAAUCGUCUGAACAAACGUUUCAUUUGGAAUUAAAAAUACAAAAUCAUCACAAAAGGAGACACGUCCAAUUAAUUUGGACGAGAUAUUCAAUAUUUACGAAAAAUAAAACCGGCGUUGAAAGUAAUUAUACAUUUGACUUAAUUGGAAAUCGAUUUCCUCCAUUGUGGUUUUCAAGAGUUAAAAGUUACACAAUAGAAUCCGAAAGUCCGUUGAUUUAAUUUAAUUAAUACACUAAAAUGAGUUGUUGUGUUUUUGAUGUGAUUUUAAAAUAAUAAAAAUAUUUAAAACAAA